CCCGACCCGGAGCCCGGAGAGGGUGCCCGGGGCUCGGCCAGGAAGCGCCUGGUGCUGCCCGAGCCUCCCGCCGCGGUUUCCAGCUCGGCAGCAGCCGCCGGACCCCCGACCCCAUCCUCGCUGGACAAGAAGGCAAAGAACCUGGCAAACACGACGCUGUCGCCGGGCCCCGGGCAGGGGAGCGAUUUGCCGGCCAGCUCGGCCGCCCGCGAGGGAAACCGCAGCUUCGAGCAGGCGCAGAGCAAGGAGGACGUCGCUCAGCUGAAAUGCCGCCUGCAGAAGCUCCGAGCGCUGACGCGAAAGGCCAAGCUGCCCGUCGCCGCCUCCCCGGAGACGUGUGCUGCCCUUCGGAGCCGCCUCGAGCAAGCGCGGGCACUGGAAGCCAAGAUCCGCCAAAGGCGGGUGGAGGAGAAGGCAUCUGAGCCGGAGCCAUCCAGAGAGCCCCCGGCUGCAGCCAGGGACAAGGCACCUGCCUACCAGAGGUUCCACACCCUCGCCCAGGACGUGCCCCCCGGGCUGACGCUGCCCUACAAGUACAAGGUGCUGGCCGAGAUGUUCCGCAGCAUGGACACCAUCGUGGGCAUGCUCUUCAACCGUGCCGAGACCAUCACCUUCGCCAAGGUCAAGCAGGGCGUCCAGGACAUCAUGCGCAAGUAAGCCCUCCCCGCCGAGGGGCACGGCCACGUGGUG